AUGUCAGAGAUGUUCUCAGCACAGGAGGCCUUUUGUAACAACAUCGUCCUUGAAACGGGCGAUAAGUACACCCUGAACGAGGACGGUUCAGAAUUGAUAAUAAAAGACGUCAAGAAAGUGGAUGAGGGAGAUUACACUUGCAUCGCCAAGAACAAGGCGGGAGAGAAAGCCGAGGAAGUCAGCCUGAACGUGUUUGUGCAACCCAAGAUUACCUACCUGAACAACCAGACUGCAGCGGAGUUUGACGAACAAGUCACCCUGACCUGCGAGGCUUCGGGCGACCCCACACCAACCAUCUCCUGGAGUUUUGAAAACAGGGUAUUCACUGAAGGAGAGCAGAGCCUUGAUAGGAAUAUUGUGGUGCGCAGCCAUGCACGCGUGUCCUCUCUCACCUUGAAGAACGUCCAGUUCACGUACGCCGGCCUCUAUCUCUGCUCCGCCAGCAACUCCAUCGGACAGGACGACCAGUCCAUGUUCCUGGAAGUCCGCUUUGCUCCAAAGAUCAUGGGUGCCGUGGCGUGGUACACUUGGGAGGGAAACCCGACCAACAUCAGCUGUGAGGUGGAGGCUCACCCCGGAGCCUCUGUGGUUUGGUUCAGAGAUGGCCUCCCGCUGCCUCAUGCCAACAUCACCAACGUGAAGAUCUACAACACACAAACCGUCAGCUACCUGGAGAUUAGCCCGACCCAGAAUGACUUUGGAAGCUACAACUGCUCAGCGACCAACGUGAUGGGCACCGAGUCCAAGGAGUUCCUUCUUAUCCAAGCAGAGGUUCCAUCAGCACCGGUCGUUGACACUGUGGAACCUUUCUCAAGCACAGCAGUGGUACGUUUUAGGGAGCCUGAGUCAUUAGGUGGAGUGCCCAUUAUCAAGUACAAAGUGGAGUGGCGUUUGCCCGGCAAGAAGUGGACAACCAAGGAGCAUGAUGCUGAUGAAGACCUGUCCAUGAUCACCAUCCUCGGCCUGAAGCCAGAGACCAACUACGAAAUCAAGAUGUCCGCCAUCAACGGAAAAGGUGAAGGCGAGAGCAGCCAGGCCUAUCCCUUCAUGACCGAGCCAGUCCGGGAACCAACUGCCCCCAAACUAGAAGGCAAGGUCCAAAACGGGGGUAAUGGUUUUAAGGUCAACUGGAUCAAGCAGGACGAUGGUGGCUCUCCCAUUAUUCAUUACCUGGUCAGAUACAAGCCUAAGCACGUGUCAGACUGGAAACCAGAGAUCCGCUUCCCCCAUGACAGCGAACAUGCAGUGCUGAGCGGCCUGGAGUGGGACACAGAGUAUGAGGUCCAUGUGGUGGCGGAGAACGAGCAGGGCAAGUCGGAGCCGGGCAUCUACUCCUUCAGAACAGCUGCAGAGCCCACCACCGUCCCAGAUGCAACGGGCCGGGGUUCAGGCCUGGGUACCGGAGCCAUCGUGGGCAUCCUCAUUGUGGUCUUCUUCCUGCUGUUGGUGGGCGUGGAUGUCACCUGCUACUUCCUCAACAAGUGUGGACUCCUCAUGUGCAUUGCUGUGAACUUCUGUGGGAAGGCCGGACCGGGGGCUAAGAGUAAGGACAUCGAGGAGGGAAAGGCGGCGUUCACGAAAGAUGAGUCUAAGGAGCCCAUUGUUGAGGUGAGAACGGAGGAAGAAAACACCCCAAACCAAACAGGGGGUCCUACUGAGCCCAACGAGACCACGCCUUUGACAGAACCUGAGCCUGCUGCUGCAGACACCACCACCCCGGUGGUAAACUUGCUCCCCUCCACUGCUUCUAACUCAGUUGCUGAGAGCUUUAGCACGGCGCAGAGCAGUCCUGCUAGCGAGAGCACCACGCUGACCAACAGCGCCUCCAGCCCAACCAAAGCUGCCCCAACCAAGUCCUCCCCCAAAAACAGCCCUGCUGAUCCGUCCAAAGCUAACACCCAACCUGAAGUUGGGCCCCUGGUUGACCUGAGUGAUACCCCUAAAGUUGCCCCCUCGUCCAACCCGACAGCCCCUGUCUCAGAGCCAGUCAGCCCGCCCUCCACUAAUGCUGACGGGCCACAGAGCCAGCAAGACCCAGUCAAAGCCCCCGACAGCGCCCAGAAUAAGGAUUUACAAGUAGACGGCCCAGCCAAAGAUGCACCCAAUGCCACGUGCACAGCCUCGACCGCACCAGCCCAAACUGACGGGAAGACCGUGAAGGACGAUAACACCAAAGGCGAGACGGAGGUGAAGAACGCCACAGCCGAGGUGAAGACAGUUCCCAACGAGGCUCCCCAGACGAACGGCAACGAGAGUAAAGCGUAAUCUCCCCGCCAAAACAACGAGAAGAAGAGGGUGGUUUCUGGGAGGGGAGGGCGGUUGGGUUUGUGGUUUUAAGGGGUUAAAGGGGGGGGGGGGGGGGGUCACAGUCACUGAAACCUCAAAGCAAUGUCACACACCACUCCAUUGUAACAGAAGAAAACAACACAAAGCAACAGAAAAGCUAAAAAAAAAUCAUGGGUCUCUUUCUAAAGUGUCUUCUGACCAGGGAAAUGUAAAGACCUCAUGCACAUGCCUUAGUUCCUCCUACAUCAGUUUUUGUUCAUGUCACACAGAAAGACAAAAUUGACACACAUAAUACACCCCCUCUCUCUUGUAUGUUAUACUGAAUUGAUCAUCUGUUAAAGAAGGAACAGAAUCUAUACUAUUUUUCUUUAGGUAACUUCGGUUGGACUGUAGCUUUACUUCACAGAUUCCUGCCCUCAUGAUUCACACACAUAUAAGACUGGUACAUUACCAAUACUACUAUUACACAUGCAGUAUGGUCAUCAUUGUGGUAAUGGAUCAUGGGUCUUAUUUACUUUUGUCGAUAUUUUGUUGUGUUAAAAUAAUGUGCAGAAGGUACUGCCUAUUUAGCUUUUUUUUUUGUAUGUGUUAUUUCCAGAGCGUAGAGAUUAGAACGUUAGCAUGCUUGUUUUUUGCAAAGUUACUGUAUUUCUGUACAUGUUGCUGUCACUUGGUUCCACUUGAGAUGUCUUUUUGAUUUCCCUUACAUGUUUUCUUAGUAUAGUUCUGGUUCAGAAAUCAUUCAGCUUAAGUUAUGGGAUAUGGAAGAGGAGCUACUGGAGUCAACCCUGUCUCACUAAAAGUUCAGUUUAUACAAAUACUUGAAUUUUGGUUGUCUUUGAAGAAACAGCUUCUGAAGGAUUUGAUAUGUUUAGGGUAGUUUGCCAUGCUUUUUAACCACGUGGUGAUUUGGAUGGAGGGUGUGUGCAGAGUCAUGCGUCCUCCACGCAGUUUCUUAACAGCUGAUAUCUUGGUACUACACUGUAACCUACCAGAUCCUUCCUCAACCGUCUAGUUCAGUCUGUUGAUUUGCACAAACACAACCAUCAAAACACGUCAUGUUUUACAUGCAAAGAGCGCGAGUUGUAAGAAGAACAGGGUUUUUUCUGUUAUCUUUUUCUAUUUAUUUUGAUUCUUUGCAGACAUGCUCAUUACAAAUGUUACAUUCACUUCUGCUCAUAACUGAAUUAAACGUCUUAAAUGAGUAUAAACAUACUUUUAGGAGACAGGGUUGAGCUCGGUUCAGAAUAAGGGAACUGUCAUUCUGAAGAUAACAGCUGUGUUCCUUAAAGUCCAAUUUUUGUUGUCCCAUUUGAAAAAUGUUGCAUUAUUUUGUCUGAAUUUAAUGUCGACAACUUGUCUCCCAUUAUAUGAAAAAUCCCUCCAAUUAUUCAAACUGCAUUUGAUCUACGUCAAUGCCUACAGUCAGAUAAUUAUCAUGACCCAAUAUGCGUUUGUUAAGUCAUUGGUUAAUAUAUUAAUUUAACCAAUGAAAUCAGAAAGCCUCCAGCACCCUCACUUGUAAACCCUGUCUUUGCUAAGAAGGAUGCAGGAUGUGAUGGGACACAGCUUAUGUCUUAGUUGUUAUUAUUGUCACUCUGUUUUCUUUUGGUUAGGUAAGAAAAUGUUUCUCCCACCUCAUCUCUUCCACAGACUUCCUUUAAGCUUAUUCUUUGCCUGACAGGUUUGGGCUUAACAGUCACUCAAAAGGCAGCAUGUGUUCUGUUAGGAGAGUUUCAGUCAGCACGUUUGGACUGAACAGUAGACAUGAAAGAAAACAAGCCCUCUCUGGCAUUUUGGACCAGCUCAUUGAUUUCUUGACACAUCAGUUUCCUCUCGCUGCAGCUGGUCUCAAAUACUCUUUCAUAUUGUUCAGUUCUACCUUGAACAUGAUUGUUUCUCCCAUCUUUCCAUAGCCACUGUAGCCUUCUGUGUGUUAACCACUAAGGUUCACUGCCUAUAACUUAUGGGUCUGAUGGCUCAGCUUGCUGAAUCUUUUACACCUCUGCAUGUAGCCGAACAUAUUCCCCCUCAGCCGUCUACCCCGCUCUUUCGUCACGAUGAUCUGAGCAUGAGUUUCUCUCACCUCUGCUUCCGUCACCUCUCUGUUAAGUCAUCAUUUAGUCGUAGCCUGCAGUGGAGUGACAUGAGGUGUAGGUUUAGAUCUGUUUAUCACUUAGUCAAUGUUUCACUAUAUUCAUAGCACAAGGUCUACUUACUGGAUAAAUGGAGAAAGUCUGGAAAUGAUUCAAGAAGCCACUGGUGGCCUGAAGAGGUUGUUUUCUUUACACCUGGCUAUUUAAACACUCAAAAAAAAAAACAGGAUGUGAGAUUACACAGUCACAUCUUUCUGAUGACUGCAGAUCUUAUUCAAUUUGACCCUUUAGCUGCUUACACUGUACCUGAGAAGUCUAAUAACUUGAUCUGGAUCUUCGCCUCCUUGAUAUAUCUGUCCACUGUGCAUGUUCAGCACCAACCACAGCUAACAUAUUGCUAAACACAACAACUUAGCACCGAUUGCACAGCAGCUGAACCAACUUCAAGUGAAUAAAUGUCACUUUAUUAAAGCUGAAACUAAACCCAAACUUUAUCAACCUUUAGAGCAGCAGUGAGUUGAAUCAGAGCAAUGAGCCACUUUAUUUGUCUGGAUUCUGUAGUUUACAGUAUAAGAAUAUGAUUUUGUCAACUCCAUUGCUUUAUUGUGUAAUCGAAUCAGGCUUUACUCCAAAUGCAACAGGUUUUUGGCAUAUGCUACAACCGUCCUAACCAUUACCUCUUUACUAACAAUGUCAGGGUGAGCUAGCUAACCAGCAAAGACACUGCCAAAACAGCUAGUAAAGCUACCACCAGCAGCUUGUUUAGCAACCAGCAUAUAAGAGUGGGAGUGUUUCCCUCAGUGAAGGUCCUGCUCUCUACAUUGUGCUCAAUUGAAGCACAUAUAUAAAUAGCAUAUAAAAGUAGCAUUAGCACAUAUUGAUGUGAUCUCAUGUUCUCUCACCAGACCUGCUCUAAUCUAAACUUGCUAUGUCCUUUUCUAUUUGUACUCUUUGUUCACAAAAUGUGGAUUUUAAUAUUGUCGAGGCUCUGGACACUAAAGAUGCUACAUACUGAAGUUUUAGCAUGCACACUGGACAGAGAUAUCUAGAAGGAGGCAACUAGGUGAAAAUUGAGAAACUUAAGCUAGAUGAAUGUACAGUAUCAAGCCAAUUUAAUGAAGCCUAUCACCCCCCCUUUUUUUAUUUUGGUAUUUUUGGUUUUCAAAAAGAAAUUUGGAGAUUGUUCUGUGGUGUUCAAAGUGUUUUUAAUGGGUAGAAACUCAACACAAGGGAUUUUAAAAUGUUCUUUCUCAAGCUAUAGUGCCCUGCUGUGGAUACGGAAGCAAAGAUAAAAACAGACCAUUGUUAAUGUACAGUGUUCCUCUUUCUUUAGACUGCAAGCUGUAGUGCACUGUGAAUGUGUGAAUCCAUUGUGUUCUUUGUCAUAGAGUUGAACAGGUAGUUUGGUUGUGAUAAAAUGUAGCUGAUAGUAAGCGAUAGAAAGAAUCCCCGACGCUAACGUAGAGAAGUCUGACAGCAGCAAACUGGAACAACACAGUGCCUUUGAAUAAGAAAGUGGUGGCAUGCAUUCCAUUCCUCUCAGUGUCUUUUCAUUAAAAAGUUUCACAUCUCCA